AUGCAGUCGAGCCGUCAGAGUCAAAGAAGCCUAAAAAAGAAGCGCGAAAAUGCAGGGAGAGAGGCUACUAUCGAGACGCUGGAUGUACCAGCAGCCACAUUAGAACCAGCGAGUCUACAGAGUGCAGAGUAUCAGUUCACGGUGCAACCGCCUCGAACACCGGAUCCCGGAGACCAUACAGACGAUGGCAAAGAACCAGGACCUCCAACGAAGGCUCAAGAGAAGGUCGAAGUCCAAGCUGCAGGCAAGAAGAACGAUCAACCCAAACGCGAGGAAGCUGAUCGCCCAGGUCCGGCCCACCAACUGCUACAGAAUCGCCUUUUCAGAAGGAACAAGCCAAUCUCCAGGUCCCUUAGGAUAAAGCGGAACUCUACUUCCUCAAAGGUCUCCGUCGCCUCAUUUCGAUCUCAGCAACGUCCCGAACCUACACAGACUGGAGAACCAGCGCCGUCUCGACCAAAGUCAUGGGAUCUCCCUCGAGAUAUGGACAACAUUGACGCAUGGCGAGCUGGCGUUUCGGAAUCCUUCGCGAAGGAUUCAUUCGUCGCAAUCGACCCGUACGAGAAACACAGGCCCAAACGUGGAAAGGCCGCGUCAGUUUACAGUUCGAAGCGAAAAUCUCAGGUCGAAGCGGCUGCGUGGAGUACGCCAGUGGCCUACGGGCCCGUCAAACCAGCAGGAUUUCAAGGAGGCUAUCGAGGAGCCGUCGAAGGGGAUAGAGCGGCCGGGACAGAAUCCUUCAGCAACCGACGGAUAUCGAUUAUUGGCUCCAGCAGUACGCGCUCCUCGCAGUCCUACUACAGCUUAACACCAGACGGGGCGGUUGAAGAUGAUAUCACGCCACCGAAGGACGGCCUGGAAGUCCCUCCAUCCACCCAUCCCCCGCAUUCCAACCAUAUUCCGUAUCCUUACCCAGGCCACAUCACGAUUGGGAAGCCUCUAGCUCAUACCUACCACCAACAUGUCGUGAUACAGCACGUAGAGCCUGCGUCAGAGGACGAUGGCCUGCCAGCUCCCAAUACCUCCGUGUCGACGGAAAACCAAAGCUUUACGGGCUUCGUGUAUGAUUGGUGGAAGUAUGUUUCCCGGAAGGCGUACCUUUACAUCCUUCUGGGGCUUCCUGCUCUGUAUUUCACGCGUGUGGCCAAUAUUUUCGACGAUGCCAACAUCGAACUCAUCGUCAUGAAGAGGAUGGUCCUCGAUCGCGCUUCAACUCGAAGGAUGGGCGACUUUUACCAAGAUCCGGCCACAAGCCCUCCUGGAUACCAAAAGCUGAAGCGCUCCUGGCAACACUUUAUCGACACCCUCAUCAAGGAAUGGAAAACAUUGAACAUUAUAUCGGUCCUAUUACUCUCGGCUAUCCUUUCUCUUCUGCAGAUCGAUUCCGCCAACGAUGAUCCCCUGGUUCACUAUGCUGCUCUCUACUCUUUGAUCUGUGCUCUCGUCAGCCUCGUAUUGGGCUGCAUGUAUAUUGUCCGCUUCAACACGAUGCGAAAGCCACACAAGGCCAUCGCGUGGGCUGAGGAAACCCAGAAGGAGCUACAGGAAGUAGGGAUCUUGUGGAAUGUGUGGAUAUUACUCGCGCUUCCUGGGGUAUGGUUGAUAUGGUCACUCAUCUUCUAUGUAAUGUGCAUUAUCGUUUAUGUAUGGCGAGGCGACCCAGAUAACCCACCACCACCCUUCAGUCCGAACGUGACGUUAGCCGCUCGCUGCAUCCUCAGCGGCGCACUCGGCCUAGCAGUCGUUUACGGCGGGAUCGUGGUCAGGACGUUUAUCUACUUCGGGGCUCCGAUGGACAGAAGGUUCAGGGAACGAGUCCGAGAGUGGAUGCAGCAAAAGGAAGAUGAGAUCAAGAAGCGUAUCCUCAAAUCAAACGAGUUGGCCAAUCAAAGCACCUGGAGCGCCCAUAUCAAAGAUGGGGCAAGAUUCAACGACUCUUCCCCACCUCUCAGUCGACAAGGUUACGUCGUGUCGACGGACGACUCUAUUCGCUCGAGCAGAAGCCAGGCGUUCCGAGACUCAGUUCAACCCAUCAUCCGACGACCUUUGAUUCACGUUGAGGACCCGCCUAGGGAAGUCCGGUUCCAUGGCCUGCCUUCGGCGUCAACCAUGUCGUUUCACCCUCCCAGUGGCGGUUCACCGGGACCAUUCCCUCAGCCUUCCACUCCUGUCGAGAUCCCUUCCGACACUUUUCAAGAGCCAGACCAAAGGCUUCGCCCGGUUCCCAGUCAGGUCUUGAGUGACUCUCCUAGGCCUGACGUGGAGCGACACCUCGAACCCCCUUCGAGCAAAUCCUUACCGGAGUUCCCUCAAACCGACUCUCCCACACAUCUUGACCCAGGUGUUAAUCUGGCGCUCCCGACACUUGCCUCGAAGCUCUCCAUGCUUGAUCUGGCUCAGUCGCCUCAUUCCAAUAGUAAUUUGGAGAAGCCGCAUCGCGCUACGCAUCGCCGCUUUCACACUUACACCUCGAGUGGUGGAAACGCACUGCUGGAUCGCCUCGCGGCGGCUCCUGUGAUCACAGCGCCCUCGGCAUCGCUCGACUCAUUCAUCCAUAUCAGCCACGACGACCCAGUUUACUCCAGGUUCUUCCACCGUUCGCCCCAUCCCAUCAGGCACGAUGGCCGGCUAUACCCUACCGCUGCCCAUCUAUUCGAGGCCAUGAAGUACCUCAAACUCAACCCCGAACUCGCGGAACAAAUACGUCUGUGCUCGGACGUCGAUGCGGUUUACCGCCUAUCUGAACAUUGCUCCCAUUACUGUCGGCCGGAUUGGAAUGAGGUGGCGGAUUGGAAGCUGGAAAAACUAUUAUACCUCAAAUUCACCCAGUAUCCCGAUCUUCGGGACUUACUCUUGUCAACACAUCCCCGGCCCAUCUUCUGUACCGACUACGAGGAGGUUGUUAGAAGUGUCUAUCGGCCUGACUCUCCUGCCAGCGGUCCGGUUCAUAACGCCUUCGGUACAGCGCUGGAUAAAGAUACAGGCCGGGUGUAUCAUACUGAAUGCACCGGGAAUGCUUUGGAAACUGUCAAACGCCACCAGUCGGACCAGGACAUCACGCUCUUUGGAAGCUGCUUCUGUCCCUUUGUUCAGCGAGCCUGGGUCGCAUUUGAAGCCCUUGGCAUACCUUACAAGUAUGUCGAGGUGGACCCGUACAAAAAGCCGAAGGAACUCCUUGAACUGUCUCCAAAAGGCCUGGUACCAGCCCUGCGCUUGAACACGUUCAACCCACCUAGGGCGCUGAAUGAAAGUACUGUCAUCAUGGAGUAUCUUGAGGACUUGGCAGCCACGACUACAAAGCAUACGAUGUUGCCCCUACCUUUUAACCCAUACGCCCGCGCACUUGCCCGCCUCGCUGCAGACCAAGCAAACCGGAACAUCGUUCCGGCGUUCUAUCGCUACCUCCAGGCACAGGACCCCACUGCGCAAAUCGAACACGGGAAAGAGUUCCAUGAAGUUAUUGAGUCCUUUGUUUCAGUUCUUGAGAGAUCAGAAAAGGAGAUUGUGGAUGCCGGCGGUCAUGUCGGUGAAGGAGAAUUGACCAUGCUCAAGAAAGGUCUGGGUUUGUGGAUCGAAGAUAACACUGAUCUUGGAUGGGCAGACGUUAUGGCGGGUCCCUGGCUGUUCCGUGCGAAGGUGGUACUUACACACUACCGCGGUUUCCAACUUCCGGAAGGAGAGCGCUUCAGCCGGUACAUCAAACGUCUGUUUAAUCAUCCCAAAUUCAAGGCGACAUGCAGCACGGAGCAGCUGUACCUGGACAGUUACGAGAGGUAUGCAUUCAAUCGUCCCAAUACGAGCCAAGUGGCGAAAGCUAUCAACGAGGGGAGGGCAUUGCCUUAGUACAUGAGUAACCAGCCGGGAAUUUCUGAAAGAAAAAAUGAUCGGUGGAAAUGUUCUACUUUCACCUACGUUCCGCCCACAAUGCAGCGUGCUUCCUCCCUUUUGGGAC